AUGGUGCUGCACCUGGAGGAGCAUACAGGUGCUUUCCUGAACGUGCUCAGCCCUGGAGAGAACGGUAUUGAUGCUCCCCCAGAGGAAACUGUGUCUGGUCGUGAUGAAUUUAGGUUAAUUAGGGAUACCAAAUGUACAAUCUCAUGUGGUGGCAAUGCGAAUUUUCAUGAUGAGAUUGGAUCAAACGAUAAUGAGAAGCUUGAUUUACCAAUCUCUGGUGAUGGAACUGAAGCUGAAAAUGCUGGGCUGGGAUCAAACAGAGUAGAAAACCAUGAUAUUGUACCCUCAGGUUUAGCUGAUGCUUUAGGUGCAAAUGAGGAGGAGUUGCCCCCAAAGAAGAGCAUCUUUUCUUACACUGAUGUAGUGAAGGAGAGAUUCAACAAAAUUUUCAAGUAUUACGUUGGAACUCAUAAUUUACACAACUUUACCACAAGAAUUAAGGUAGAGGGUCCUGCAGCCAACAGGUUUAUCAUUUCCUUUGGUGCUGAUCGAGUUGUGAGUCUGAAUAGGAUUGAUUUUGUCAGAUGUGAAGUUGUUAGCCAGAGUUUCAUGCUCCAUAAGAUCUGGAAGAUGAUUGGUCUUGCCGUAGCAGUGAUCAAGGGUGUCACCCUUAAUCUGGAUAAUUUUGAAGAGUUCAAGGUCAAGUAUAUUUUCACUUGUAUUGCAGCGAUGGAACACAGGGAGGAAGCUGUGGCUCUGUGGCUGCACUGA